AUGGCUUCUUCAGCUUUAUCACUAUCAUCCCCAUGCUGUUUCACAACAAAGCCGCAUCAAAGAAUCUCACUUUUCAACCCCCAUUCUCUAAUCUUAAACCCAAAACCAUCUCUUAAACCCAAAACCUCAUUAACCCUUCAUUAUGGUUCUACACAUUCUUUUGCAAAAAUAGCUCCCACCCAAAUCAAAUAUACUUCUAAGCAGUGUUUGGGUGCUAUUGAUGAGCCUGAAAGGUUGAUUUUUUAUGAAGAAAAGCCGGUUAAAUUUGCUUUCUGGGUGGUUUUCUGGGCUUCUUUGUCUUUGGCUUGGUUUGCUUAUUCUAAGGAUGCUAAUGCUGCUGUUGAUUCUAUUAAAGCUUCUGGAUUUGGGUUGAAGAUCGCUGAUUCGUUGAGGAAAUUGGGUUUUCCUGAUUGGGUUGUUGUGUUUAUAAUUGCUGCUCUUCCUGUUCUAGAGCUUCGCGGGGCUAUACCCGUUGGUUACUGGUUGCAACUCAACCCUGUAACUUUGACUGUGGUGUCCAUUCUUGGGAACAUGGUACCUGUGCCAUUCAUCAUACUUUACUUGAAAAAGUUUGCAUCUUUCCUCGCUUCUACAAGCCCUUCUGCAUCACGAUUCCUCGACAUUCUGUUCAAGAAUGCCAAAGCAAAAGCCGGACCAGUGGAGGAGUUUCAGUGGCUUGGUCUGAUGCUGUUUGUGGCUGUCCCAUUUCCUGGAACAGGAGCAUGGUCAGGAGCCAUUAUAGCGUCGAUUCUCGAUAUAUCGUUUUGGACUGGCGUAUCUGCAAAUUUCUUUGGUGUUGUAUUCGCCGGGCUGCUCGUAAAUUUGCUGGUGAACCUUGGCCUGAAGUAUGCCAUCAUUACUGGUAUCAUCCUUUUCUUUGUUUCCACAUUCAUGUGGACCAUUCUUAGAAAUCUUAAAAAAGGUUUGAACUCAUCGAGUUGA